UCCCCCAACCCCCCCGCCUCCUCUCCUUUCUCUCUCUCUCUCUCUAAGAUUCCUCAUCGUAUAUAUCCUAGCUACUUCAAAAGGCUCUCCCAAGUGCAACGAGCUGGGAUCAAAUCUUUAGCAAAGCACGAGCAUGGAGAGAGCUCUAUCAAUCUCGCUCGCAAUUCUCCUCAUACCACUGACUUUAGUGACCCUCUCCAAAAUAUCAAAAAUCAAAAGAUGGUGGAGAACAAGGAGCAAGCUCCCUAGAGGCUCCUCCGGCUGGCCCUUCAUCGGCGAAACCCUAGAUUUCAUCGCUUGCGCCUUCUCGCCGUGCCCCGAGAGCUUCAUGAGCAAGCGCCGUCUCAUGCAUGGGAAAGUGUUCAGAUCACACCUAUUUGGGAGCCCAACGAUCGUGUCAAUCGAUGCAGAGUUCAGCAGAGCUGUGCUCCAAAGUGAUGCCAAGGCUUUCGUGCCCUGGUAUCCAAAAUCUUUGACGGAAUUGAUGGGCAAAUCAUCGAUUUUGCUUAUCAACGGGAGCUUGCAGAAGAAGGUUCAUGGGCUUAUUGGAGCCUUCUUUAAGGCCCAUCAUCUAAAGGCCCAGAUAACGUCAGACAUGCAGAGCUACGUUCAGCAGUCAAUGGCCAAGUGGGAAGACGGUCAGCUUGUUCAUAUCCAGGAUGAGAGUAAACAAAUUGUGUUCCAAAUCUUGGUGAAAGUGCUGAUUGGAUUGGAGCCGGGAGAGGAGAUGCACCUCCUCAAAGUCCAAUUCCGAGAAUUCAUUGCUGGCCUCAUGUCACUUCCCGUGAAGUUUCCCGGUAGCAGGCUCUACCGUUCUCUCAAGGCGAAGAAGAACAUGGUGAAGCUCGUAGAAAAAAUCAUCAACGAGAAGAGAGAGAGAAAUAACGGAAAAUUUGCGCGGGACGUAAUAGAUGUAUUAAUCAACGACGCAAGCGGUCAGCUGACGGACGAUCUCAUAUCCGAUAACAUGAUAGACUUAAUGAUACCGGGUGAAGAUUCGGUGCCAGUUCUCAUCACCCUGGCAAUCAAAUACCUAAGUGAUUGCCCUCUUGCUCUCCAACGCUUGGAGGAAGAGAACAUGCAGUUGAAGAAGAAGAAAUCGCAACUAGGGGAAAGCUUGGACUGGACAGAUUACAUGUCUUUAUCAUUCACACAGGACGUGAUAACGGAAACUCUAAGGCUAGGCAGCAUUAUAAGUGGCAUCAUGAGGACUGCGGUGAAGGAUACGGAGGUAAAGGGGCACUUCAUCCCCAAAGGAUGGUGCGUGUUUAUGUACAUUAGAUCGGUUCAUCUUGAUGAAUCACACUACGACGAUCCACACCAGUUCAACCCAUGGAGAUGGAAGAACAAGGAUCUGAGUACUUGUAGCUUUACCCCUUUUGGAGGUGGGCAAAGGCUGUGCCCUGGCCUUGAUCUAGCCAGGCUGGAGGCUUCAGUUUUUCUCCAUCACUUGGUCACAAACUUCACGUGGGUAGCCGAAAAAGAUUACGUGGUCAACUUUCCGACUGUGAGGAUGAAAUACAGGAUGCCCGUCAAGAUCACGAGAAGAAGAGAUGUAUAAAAAAUCCUGCAAAAAGCCUCCUCUCAUCAAUGAGUGUGAUGGGACCAGCAACCAAGCACCUCGUCGUCCUUCGAAGCUUUAAAGGGGUA